AUCAGCGGAGCGCGUUUUGCGACAGCCGCUCGUUUGACGGCAGUAGUGUUUUUGUUUUUAUCUGUUUUUUCCGAUACUCGCUCCGGUAGGAGACCACGGGACCGAGGCAGGAACCAGCUCAGGACGGGAGACUACUGGGUCCGUUCCUCUCGGUGCAGCUGAGAGGAAAAGGAGGUGGAAUCUGAACAGUGUCUGGUUUCUGGCUCUAAAGUUAUCAGCCAUGCUGGCAGAGUCACCAAGCACCCGGCGGUCGGCUCCAGAACUCAGCAUGGUUUAAAACGCAGUGAGAAGCUCUGGCACUGCUACACUCCUCAACAUCUGGAGCCCAGUGUUCAAGAACAGCUGCAUCACUCGCCCACUUCAUGAGCCAGCAGGAUGCAGCCGAGGUCCUCGCACUCUCCGAGCGCCUCCUCAUAGCUGCACACAAGGGACAGGUCGAAUGUGUGGUCCAACUUAUCAACAAAGGUGCAAAGGUAGCCGUCACCAAGUAUGGCAGGACCCCCCUGCACUUGGCCGCCUACAAAGGCCACUUGGAGGUCAUACGGGUGCUGCUGAAAGCUGGCUGCAACCUGGACGUCCAGGAUGAUUGUGUGUGUGUGUGUGUGUGUGUGUGUGUGUGUGUGUGUGUGUGUGUGUUUCUGCAGGGGGAACAGACAGCGUUGCACCGAGCUGCCAUGGUGGGACACACUGAUGUCAUCACUGCUCUCAUCCAGGAAGGAUGUGCUCUGGACAGGCAGGAUAAGGACGGGAACACGGCGCUCCAUGAGGUGUCCUGGCACGGUUUCAGUCAGAGUGUUAAGCUCCUGGUGAAGGCUGGAGCCAGCGUGCACGCCAGAAACAAGGCGGGAAACACGGCCCUCCACCUUGCAUGUCAGAACGGUCACGCUCAGAGCUCCAAGGUGCUCCUCCUGGGGGGUUCCCGACCCGACAGCAAGAACCAUACAGGAGACACGUGCCUGCAUGUGGCCGCCCGGUACAACCACGUAGCCGUGAUCCGGGUCCUGCUCGGGGCUUUCUGCUCCGUCUCGGAGAAGAACCUGGUCGGAGACACUCCUCUCCACGUGGCUGCUGCUCUGAACCAUAAGAAGACUGUCCGUCUGCUGCUGGAGGCCGGAGCAGACACGCUGAUCUGCAACAAUUUGCAUCAGACAGCUUUGGACCAGGCCAGAGAUCACAACAACCCGGAGGUGGCUCUUCUCCUCACCAAAGCUCCACAGGUGCAGAUGUUCAUACGGGGCAGGAACCUGAGGAAGAGGAGAGAUAAGCUGAAGGCAGAAGGUAGAGCUCAGUCGGUGCCCAGAAACGACCUCCUGUUGUGCAAGGACAGCGUUUCUGCAGCCGACGACUCCCAGAGCAGCGACAGAGCUGCUGACAGACACACUGGGCCAGUGGAGUCCAGCUCCAGGAGAACCAGGAGCAGGUGGCGGAGGCAAAAGCCAUCUUUGUCUGACCCGCUUCGCCACAAAGAGACCCGGCACAGUGAGACCGUUCACAAACGGAAAGGUAAAGCCCAGAGAGCGUUCCCAUAUGGAUCCAUCCCACCUCACAACUACAAGGCUUACCAGCUCUACACGCUGUACCGAGGAGAGGACGGGAGGAUCAUGCAGGCUCCUCUGAGCGGCUGCCGCUGUGACCCGCUCAUCAGUAAACUCAAGAACCAGCUGGAGGCCACCAAGGAGGAGAUGAAGACUGAGCUCCUCACUGUGCAGAACCUGAUGAAUAACAAGAUGGGCCAGCUAGACCGCAAGAACAAAUACCAGGUCCAAGCUCUUGAUAAGAUUACCCUGGAGAGAGUGUCAGCAGAGAGGAGUGAGUGUCUUCAGAGGAUGGAGCAGUGGGCAGUACAGGAGCGCCUGGAAACAGAGAGGAGACAGGUGUCUCUAGUCAAAGAGCUGAAGAGCUGGUGUCUGUCCAAACUGCAAGAUAUGGAGGUCCACCAUGCAGGAGGUCUUGAACCUGAGCUGCAGACUUCUUCCUCUGUAGCUGAGUGUUCGAGUAAAGCUGAUGGAGCCACCCACUCCGUGCUACCUGGCAAGAGUGGUAGAGCUUCUCCAGAGGUCCACAGUAACCCAGAGGUCCUCUGCCAGGAGGAAUUCAACAUGAAAGAGAGCAGAACAACCAACCACUACUUUGUGGUUCAUGUGGAGAACUCUUCAGUCCAAACAGAUGGAGAUAAGACCCAAAACAUCACAUCGCCAGCAGCAAGGAGCCCCAUGUCAUCGGCCCGGGUGGUCCGGCCAAAGCAGCGCUCUGUGGUCUCUGCAGACCCCCAGAAGAACCAGACCAAGGUGGACACGGUCGGGAUGGAGGCUGAACAGAAAGCACCAAGUCCAUCUCUGGUCACAGAACAUCAAAGCAGAGACUGGAGACGAGGUCGUGAGAGAGCCAAGCCCUGUAAGAAAAGAUCCCAGGUCCGAUCUAGGACCAGAGAGCAACCAGGACUCAGGACUCUCCAUGUGUUUGGAGAUGAGACUAGUGGGCAGUCCUUUGCUCAGGAGAGGGACAGCAUGCACGCCAUGGAGGUGACCCAGUACUUCUUUGAGACGGUGUCGACCCAGAUGGAGCGCUGGUAUGAGCGGAAGGUGCAGGAGGCGCGCUGGCAGGCUGACCAGAGGGCCCGGGCUGAUAAAGAAGUUCUGAUCCAGAAGAUCGCCUGUUUGGAGGACGAGUUGCACACGCUGAGGACUCACCAGCACCACUCCUAACACACACCUCUAAACCAAUGGCCAGCAUGGAUGUGUGUGUGUUUGGACCUCCAGCCAUCAUCAGGAGGUCUAGUCAGACUUCAGUGUGUCUUUACCUGAUCACACCUGAACUCUUUACCACCUGGCACCACCUCUGUGGCUGAGUCUCGCUGUGGUUCUGGUUCUGUCUGCUGAUUGGGUCCAUUUUCACAGACUUGUCUCCGUUUGUGUCCUGAUGACUUCACGUCCCAGUGAGACCUAGCAACGUCUCCUACGAGACACAUCCUCCCGAUGGGUCUGGCCCUGAGGUCAGACUGGCCUCUACUCCCAUCCCAGAAUGCACCGGGGCGCUCCCCAUCCAUCCUGUGGCUGAAUGGUUUUAUGCUGGUGAAACGUUUUCAGUACAACAGAUGAUUUUUUUACCAGUACACGAAGCUUGUUCUGGUUUAGCUACCUUGUCUUAGAAAAGCUAAUCUUUCUUUACAUUUUGAUGUAAGACGUUUAAAUAUUUAUGUUUUCCUUUUCCAAUAAACUGCAGUGGGUGGA